UUAUUAACAAUAUUUCUUUCCACCCUUUGAGAUCUUUGAGGACUGCAAGCAGCAGAUAAUAACAAGCCCCACCACCGAGACUCUGCAACUGACUUUCUCUGCCCCUCUGGCUUUGCUGUUUUCUGCCCUCUUGCUAACAUGGAAGCAACGUGCCUAGUUGUCCUGCUCAGGAUAUGUGUCCAGAUAUUAGCCCUCCCUGCUUACUUGCUGUGGUAUCUGGGUAUCUGGGACCCCCUUUGCAAGAAAUUAUUCCCCUACUUCAUGGCUGUGAUGACUGUCAGUUAUAAUAAGCUGAUGUCCAACAAGAAAAGGGAAAUGUUCAGCAACCUGAAGGACUUUGCCAGUCCCACAGGGGCUCUCACACUGUUGGAGAUUGGCACAGGAACUGGCUCCAACUUUCAGUUCUACCCUGCGGGAUGCAAAAUCAUAUGCUCUGAUCCAAACCCCAACUUCCAGAAGUUUCUUGACAAAAGCCUGGCUGAAAAUCCACACGUGCAGGUGGAACGCUUUUUGGUGGCUCCGGCUGAGGACCUACACGAGGUACCAGCUGCAUCGGUGGAUGUGGUGGUUUCAACGCUGGUGCUUUGCUCUGUGAAGAGCCCGGAGCAAGUUAUGAAAGAAGUUCUACGGGUGCUGAGACCGGGUGGCGCUUUCUACUUCCUAGAACAUGUUGCAGGUGCUCCUUCCAGCUGGAGUCUCUUCUGGCAGCAGAUCUAUGAUCCAACUUGGAUACGUCUGUUUGACGGGUGCCACUUGACCAGAGAAACCUGGAACGACCUGGAAAAAGCUGGCUUCUCGGAGCUGAAGCUGCAGCACAUACAUGCACCUUUAAAAUGCAACCUAAUAAGCCGCACAUCAUAGGUUAUGCUGUAAAAUAGCUUGGAAAUAAAUUACUGAACAAGAUCUCCAUGCAGAUGCCUCUGCGUUGGGGUGUAGAACCUAAUCGUGAGAAUUAUAGGACAGCCCAUCACUAUGUCACCUAUGGGCUGUGAACCUCUUGCGCAAUCUGUAAUUGGAUGCGCACACAUGUAUGUUAUUGCCAAUCCAUUUUUUAUUUCCAUUUGAUAGACUGUCCAGCUACCUUCACUUUCCACAAUCCAGCUGCUCCCAUGCAGAUGUGAAUGUUGUGAUAACACAGCUUGGACUUGCCUCAUUCACUUCCACGUGAGGAUGCAUGAACUACCAUUACUAUUCUCCCUGGAAGCAUCUGAUCCCCAAGGAGGUUGGGAUAUCAGAAGAAGAAUAAGAGUUUGGACUUGAUAUCCCGCCUUUCACUCCCCUUAGGGAGUCUCCUUUCCCUUCCUCCCCCACAACAAACACCCUGUGAGAUGAGUGAGGCUGAGAGACUUCAGAGAAGUGUGAUGACUAGCCCAAGGUCAUCCAGCAGCUGCAUGUGGAAGAGUAAAGUAGAGGUGAGGCCUUGGCUUGGGCUAGUAUUUAAAUGUGACCCGAGGCCUCUGCCCUGUCUCUCCAUUCCUUGGCCGUGGCCUGACUUUGUGGGUUGUCUGGUAAUGGCCGCCUUGGUGGUUUCAGUUGCAAAGUCAGGGAUAGUGUUAUAAGAAUUCUAAGGUCUCAAAUACAGAAUAAAUAUUCAUAAAUGCUCACAUAUUUAAAUAUAUAAACCAUGUGUCUGAAAUAGUACAGGAGAGCAAUCCUGAAGCCAUUUUGACUCCCAGUGACCUCAAAUAUUCCUCUGCAGUUUGAGAUUGCUUUUAAUAUAAAAUAUGCCCCUCAGUGAACCAUGUCAACUGCACAGAUGUGAUAUCUACAGUAGUAAACUAAAAAGUUCAGAUUGGGGCAACUAUGCACGUAUCCUGCACUGCAAGCCCCUAAGCGCCAUGCCACACACUGUAACCCCAUACACCCCACACUGACCCCCACAGAAAAACAACUCCACACACAAAUAGCCUACACCGAAAUCCCUCACAUACUCUACUGCACAAUGAAAUCACCCAUAAGUGCUCUGUCCCGCCUUGAACACUGGAACUCUUCUUUGAAAUGCCCUGCCCUGCAUCAAGACAGGUGGCAACCAUUAUGUGCCAACGCGUUUUUGUGUGUUGAAUGUAUGCUAUAUGGUAAU